GUCUGACGUUCCCGCGCUCAUUAGCAUAUCAUUAGCAUGCCAUUAGGGUCGUUGGGCCACUCCGCGUGCCCGCGGGCAGGGUCGUCCGGCGGGCCCGGGGCGCUUUGGCGUGCUCUGUGCCCGUGUAAGGACGCGGCUCGUUACGGCCCCUGGCCCUCGCCUCCCCGCUGUUCGAGCGCGUCCGUCCCAGCGCGGCGGUGCCCCGGGACAGCGCCCGCAGCGGCACCGCAACCGGCGGGCGGGCACGGCUCUCAGGCACCCGCCGGUCCCGGACAGGGCGAUGGCACCACACGGCCCCGGCCGCUGCCCCUCCCGCCGCUCUCCGGCCUCCCGUCGCUCCGGAUCCUUUCAAUUUCGUUUCCCGGAAAGAUCGCGCCGAGCCCGCAGAGACGGGACGUGGCCGCGCCGGGCCCCGGGGCAGCUCCGGGACACCCCCCCGCCCCCGGGAUGCAGGGUAAGGUGUCAGCCAGCUUCUCCAGCCCCGUGGUCGCAGCUCCCGCAGCCGAGGCCGGACACAGCCCGGGGCACGUCGUGGGGCUGCCAGGCAGGCUGAGAAUCCAGCCCUCGCUGUGGAGCAAGGAUGACGUGAUCCACUGGCUGAGAUGGGCUGAGGAGGAGUUUUCCCUGCGGCACACGGACGAGAGGAGGUUUGAAAUGAACGGCAAGGCGCUGUGCAUCCUCACCAAGGAUGACUUCAGAUACCGAGCUCCCAGCUCAGGUGAUGUGUUGUAUGAAAUACUCCAGUACAUUAAGACUCAGAGGAGAGCUCUGGUGUGCAGCCCUUUGCUGAACUCACCCUUCACAGAAGCCAGGAGCACAGAGGAAGGGAGGGACUGCAGUACUGAGGCUGCCCCAGCUGCUGUUUCCUCCUGCCUGGCUUGUGCACAACAGCCCACGUGCCACAGCCACACAGAGCCCCUGAACCUCUCCCAUGCCAGCCUGGAGGGCAGCUGCAGGGCAGAUGCCAUCUGCUCUCUCCCUGCAACCCUGUCAGCCACAGUGGAUGGGAAAAUUGCAGACUGCAGGUUGCUGUGGGACUACGUGUACCAGCUGCUCUCUGACAGCCGCUACGAGCCCUACAUCAAGUGGGAAGACAAGGAAGCCAAAGUCUUCAGGGUUGUAAACCCAAAUGGACUUGCCCAGCUCUGGGGGAACCACAAGAACCGGAUGAACAUGACAUAUGAGAAGAUGUCACGGGCUCUCAGGCAUUACUACAAACUCAACAUCAUCAAGAAGGAGCCAGGGCAGAAGCUGUUGUUCAGGUUUUUGAAGACUCCUGGGGAGAUCAUCCACGAGAAAUGCAGCAAGCUGGAGCAGCUGGAGGAUGAGGAGCACGAAGAUUUGAAAGAAGACCCACUGGAGGUUUCCCCAUAGGGAAUCUUUGCAGUGGUUGAGGUGAUGGACUUGUGCUCUGCUGGGAACUGCUGAUGUCUCUUUCCUCUCCUGGGCAGAAGGCCACAGAGCUGGUCCUGGAUUUCAAAACCUGUCCAGAGCCAGAGCUGUGACAUCUCUGAGGCUUCGUUAGCAAAACACACCCAGAAAUUGUCCCCCAGCCCCAAAAGCACAGGGAGCAUGGGGCUGUUCUGCUGCUUGUUUCUCCUCUGCCCCUGGGGAGGGAAUGUGUGAUUCUUGCUCUGUACAUUUUGAUGCUUGUCUUUAAGGUUCAAACUUGCUGGUAAAGACCAUUCCACUCUUGCAGUGAGAUGUGCUGGGCAGAGAGCACCAGGUCAGGCAUGUCCUGAAUGAAGUGCUUUUGCAGUGAGCAGCAGCCCUGAGUGUGAGCACUCUGCUCUGAAUCUGAGCCAUUUCCCCCUGCAGCACAGCCUCACACUGCACAUGUGCUGGAUGCUGCAGUCUCACUGUCUCCUGGGAGGUUGCUCCCACGAGUGAUGCAGUGAAAUACCUGGCUGGAGCUGCAGGCUUCAUGGAUACCCAGUGCUGGGUGUUAUUGCAGCUCCUUUCCCUCCAUGUAAUGCUCCUUGUAAUUGUCUAUGUCACUGUGAGAAGGAACAAACCCAGCAGUGACUGAGAGCCCAAAGCAGGAACCAGCUGGCAGCCCAGGCACUGCCAGUGACCUGCAGGGAACAGUGUGUGAGGGGUUUCACAUCUGAAAGUACCCUCUCAUCCCUUCAGGCUGCUUUGCACUGAGGAAAUAAAGCCCUGGGGCUGGGUAAAGGUUGAAAAUGCCACUUAUUGCUGGUUGAAGGUGUGAAACUGGGAAAUCUAAUCCUCCCUCAUUUCAAACCAGCUCCUGUGGGCACCCAGGUUUUGUCCUCAGGCUUGGCAGCCCCUAAACCAGAGUCCAACAGUCUGACU